AGCGCGGAGGAGUUGUCAAAAUUUACAAGCCAAGUCGACCGAGUUUUCCCAAGAGAAGGCAAGAUCUCUGUAGCCUACAUUUAGAAACCCCCUGGAAGAAGAGCUCUUUAAGUGAAGUCUGAGAGGUUUGAAACAUAAGAAAUGGCAGGACCAACUGCGCUCGGAUUGAUUUUUACCUUACUGCUCUCAGGGAGCUUCUGUGCGACGCAGGAAAAGAAAGUGUGUAAGGGAACAAACAUCAAACUGACCCUCCUGGGAACAGUGGAUGACCAUUAUCAGAUCCUGGUAAAAAUGUACAGCAACUGCACCGUGGUUCUGGAAAACCUGGAAAUCACAUAUAUGACAGAAAACCAUGACUUGUCUUUUCUCAGGAGCAUCCAAGAAGUUGGUGGGUAUGUUCUUAUUGGCCUCAACUCGGCUCCCAGCAUUCCCCUUGAGAAUCUGCGCAUCAUUCGUGGCCACUCCCUUUUUAACUACAAAUUUGCCUUGACCGUCCUACUAAACUCCAACAACAGCAUAGGACUGAAUCAGUUACCGCUGACUAGCUUAACUGAAAUACUGAAGGGUGGAAUAAAAUUUGCUAGUAACAGUCAUUUAUGUCAUGUGGAGACCAUCCAGUGGACUGAUAUUCUGAACAUGAAGAGCAAUCCUACAAUUGAAAUUAAAGAGGAGACCAAACCAAACUUUCCAAGACACUGUGAGAAGUGUGACCCAGACUGUCACAAUGGUUCCUGUUGGGGCCCUGGCCCUCAAAACUGUCAAACAAUGACUAAGGUGAUCUGUGCGGAGCAGUGCUCGGGCAGGUGUAAGGGACUUGAACCUGUGGACUGCUGCAAUGAACAUUGUGCUGCUGGCUGCACUGGACCCGAACCAACCGACUGCCUGGCCUGUAAGGACUUCCAGGAUGAAGGGACAUGUAAGGACGCAUGUCCACAGCUCAUGCUCUACGACCCCAACACCCACCAGCUCGCUCCCAACCCCGACGGGAAGUACAGCUUUGGGGCAACGUGUGUCAAGACAUGUCCACAUAACUAUGCCGUGACAGACCAUGGGGCAUGUGUGAGAACCUGCAGCCCUGACACCUAUGAGGUGGAUGAGGGUGGAGUUCGGAAAUGUAAGAAGUGUGAUGGCCUGUGUCCAAAAGCUACGGUCGAGACUGAUGGUCAGGAUCUGUAACAAGAUGAUGUUUUUUUUUUAAGAGGAAAGAUCGUCUGGGUUUUUUUUUUUUUUUGACAAACAUGGGCAGUAUUUCAAUUAAAUGUAUUUUAAAUACGUAUAAUUACUUUAGUGUAUUUUGUAUUUUCCAGGUGUUGAAAAAAUAAAAUAUAGCUUGUAACAAAAUAUUUUGAGGGAGUGUGUUUAGAGUAUUUUAAAUAAUCCCCAAAAAUCACCACAGUAACGUCUUGAGGCAGGAUCAUGACAGACCCAUGUUUUGUGUGCAAGCACAUGGCCUUUUUGUUUGGGCCGUGUUGUCUCGUUGCGUACCCUACCCCCUUGUUAUCCUCGUCUUGUCAUUAGUGUCUCCCUAUAUCAUCCCCUUGUGUUUGCUGUCCUCUGUCGGUUCAUUGUAAUUCUUACCUGCAUGUUACCUUACCUUGUUAAGCCUUGUGAGUAUCCUGUCAAGAGUAUUAUCUAGAAAGAGUUCUGAUUCUAUAUUCGCUGUUUAUCAUCUAGUCUUUUGUCAAGUCAUAGUCUAGUUCUGUCACUCCUCACCCUGUCCAUGUUUUGCACCCUAGUGGGUUUUGUUUUACCUGUUUUUGUCCAUUAAUAAACUGUAUGUUAAGCA